AUGGAUCCACACAGCUACACUCACCCCAAACCUCUAGAAGGUUAUGAGAACCUCGAACCACUUCCCACUGAAAAAGCAGCCGAUGGAAAGUCGCUCAUUAAUCCACCAACCAAGAGCUUAAGUAAUGCCUACGAGGCAUUCGUCGAUCCCAUCGCCCGGGACGAGCGCGGCGGAUUCGAUGUGCACAUCUACUUCCUCCAAACCGACGCGGUCGAGAAGAAAUAUGCCGAAGAGCUCCACGAACGCGUGCGACGGGAAUUCCCUGAGCUCCGAGUAUACCAGGUCUGGGAUCGUCCCAUCGGUCCACAUCCGGUGGGAAUGUUCGAAGUGAAUCUCUUCACGCCAGCACAAUUCGGAGCGUUCGUGGCUUGGCUGGUCAUCCAUAGGGGCCCGCUGAGUGCGUUGAUACACCCGAACACUGGGGAUGAUAUGAGAGACCACACACAGCUUGCGACAUGGAUGGGCACACCAUAUCCAUUGCAAACGCGGCCCUUGAGGGGUGCCCAUUGA